AUGGGUAUCUCGCGCGAUUCAUGGCAUAAGCGCUACAAGACUGGAGCUACUCGCCCAGUCCCACACAAGAAGAGGAAGUUCGAACUCGGUCGUCCAGCCGCCAACACCAAGGUGAGAAUUUUUUUAAAUUAAAAAUUAUAUUUUUUGUCCUAAAAAUUUGAAUAUUUUUCCUCUUUGUUCAGAUUUUCACAGCUUCCAUGGGUUUUACCUAGAGCUAAGGAAAAUAAAAUUGUAUCCUCCAAGUUUUGCCGUGAAGCAAAAAUAAUUUCUUAUUUUUUCAGAUUGGAUCCCACCGUGUUCGUCUCAUCCGCACUCGUGGAGGAAACCAAAAAUACAGAGCUCUUCGUCUUGACAACGGAAACUUCUCGUGGGCUUCGGAACGUAAGUUCCGAAAAUAAUUGGAUUUUCUUUUCAAAUUGUUUUUUUUUUCAGAAACCACCCGCAAAACCCGUAUUGUUGACACCAUGUACAAUGCCACCAAUAACGAGUUGGUCCGUACCAAGACCCUUGUGAAAGGAGCCAUCAUCACCGUCGAUGCUGCUCCAUUCCGUCAAUGGUAUGAGGCUCACUACGCCCUCCCAUUGGCCAGAAAGAAGAACGCCAAGAUCUCCGAGGAAGACGCCGCUGUUUUGAACAAGAAGAGGUUGGUUUUUUAUCAGAAGCAAAGAGCCUUAUACUAAUUAUUAAUUUUCAGAUCCCACAAGACCCAAAAGAAAUACACCGAGAGACAAAAGACCGCCGCCGUUGAUGCCUUGUUGCUCGAACAAUUCAACACUGGACGUCUCCUCGGUAAGUCCUCAAAAAUACAGACUAUUUCUUGUUUCGAAAAGAAAAAAGGGUCUGGUUUUCACCAAUGACUCAUGUUAUUCUAGUUCGCAUAAUUGGUUAGUGUAAUGUAAAACUUCCGCGUUUUAUUGGUUUUCUAGAUAGUCUGAUUCUAAUCUAGGUCGUUUAUGUUUGCAAGCGCUGAAACAUACAAUGCGAGAAUUUAAAUGCAAGGCCUAUGCAAGCUACCAUCGUUUUAUAUCAUGUUUUAAAGCAUAAUGAUUCAUCAAUUUGAUAAAUGACAUUUUCAAGGCAAAGUGUCGAACAGCUAAUUUGACCUUUUAUGAUGCGUAGAUACAUUUGACCUCCGUAACCCGAAACAAAGAAGCAUACGAAUUUCUGAUUCGUCAACAUGAAUUGCGUCACACAUGAUAUCAAAAACAAUCUUUUUUUCAGCCCGUAUCUCUUCAUCACCAGGACAAGUCGGACAAGCCAACGGUUACAUUCUUGAAGGAAAAGAACUCGACUUCUACCUUCGCAAGAUUCGCGCCAAGAAAGCCAAGUAAAUGUCUUCUGUCGUUUGUUUCUUGUUUUUGUUACAUACAAAAUGAAAAGUUUUGUUUAAAAAUACUGUCUAGUUGUUAUUUUUCUCGAGAUUUUCCUCAACAUAUAAUGCUUCUUCGAAAAUGACCUUGAAACCGAAAUAGCGGUUCGGUUACACUCUGUCGCUUAUUGUUCUAAUUAUUUUACUUAUUUAUGCAGUGUGAAGAUCAGAACCGAAAUACGAUUACUCAUCUGCUGCUGAAAUUGAAGACGAGGUAAAGAAGCAACAACAGAAGAACCUGUCAAGACAAUGGAGGCGGAGAAAAGCAGGGUCAAAUGGCAAGAAAUGGUUUCGUGUAUAUAAAAGUAAAAGGUAAGCCAUUUUCUAUCAUACUUUCUCGACCUUGGCGAAAAACUUUACACUCAAAGUUAUUUACUUCUUUCUUUCUUUUUCGCUAACCACACCUUUUUCGAAACAAAAAAAAAACGCGUUUUCUUAAUCCUUUAAUUUAUCUGCCUAUUUAGCCUAAGUUCAGAAGCUAUUGCCCUCAUUUUUUUGUGUUUCGAAGACAUCAAAAAACCUUUCAAAUUUCUAGAUGUUAA